AUGUUCAACGUCAGCAGGGCGACCCACUCGGUGGUGUUUACCUCCGGAGUCACGCAGGGCCUGCAAACUUUGGGGGAGCAUUUCCCGUGGACUCAACGUAGCGUCUUCCUCUACGCGGACGAGAGCCACACCAGUGUGGUUGGUCUUCGCCAGUAUGCCAAGGAAGGCAAUUGCUCCUAUGGCAGUUUCGUGCUCGAAGAUCUUCCCAAGCUUGAAGAAGAUCUCACGGCAGCUCGAUUCGAAGACUCUGUGCCUCACGAUGCCAAGUCCUCGUACAACCUCAUCGCCUUCCCGGGCGAGUCCAACUUCAGUGGCGCUCGAUGCGACUUGUCCUGCGUGCAGCGGCUGAGGACCGGAAGCCUGAAAUGGAGAGUGCUGCUGGAUGCUGCCAAGCUUGCCUGCUCUCCUGGGGCUCUGGAUCUCAAUAAAUGCCACGCCGACUUCACAGUGGUUUCCUUCUACAAGAUCUUCGGAUACCCUACUGGUCUUGGGGCACUGCUCAUUCGGCAUGAUGCCGCGCCUCUGAUCACGCCACAGGCAGACCUCACCGGAGGUCCGACGCGGCAGGGGGGCCCUGGAAGACCUCUCUACUUUGCAGGUGGCUGUGUCUCGUCUCUGUCGGCUCUCUCUGGCUUCGCGAUCCCGCGUCCCAAUUUAACGGAGUGGUUGGAGCGGGGUACACCCCAUUUCCUGGGCAUUGCAUCUCUCCCAGCGCAGCUUGAGUCAGUGAGGGCGCUUGGCCCCGACCAUGUGCGGUGUCGGCAUGCGAUGGCCGUCGGUAGAGAGGCAUACGUCCGCACUGCACGACUUCGCCACAGCAACGGACUCAAAGUUUGCACGAUUUUCGGCAGGCACGAUGAGGAGAACUGGAGCGAGGUGCAAGGGCCAACGCUAGCACUAAGUUUGCAAUAUGCUAACGGAUCACCGGUCCCUUAUGCGAUUGUCGGUGAGAGGGCGGCGGCAAGGCAGAUCGUGAUCCGAACCGGUUGCCACUGCAAUGCAGGGGGGUGCCAGAAGUUUUUAAACUUGGAGGACGCCGACAUCCGACAUUUCUUCGCAUCUGGUAAAGUGUGUGGAGACGACAAGGGCCUGGUGGAUGGUCGACCAACUGGCGUGGUUCGUGUUUCCUUUGGCCUGUACUCCACACUAUCGGACGUCUGCAGCUGGAUAUCGCUUCUUACCGAGUUCGUAGACAUGAUGCCGCCAGACUACUUGGAAGACGGCUGCAAGCUCCCAGCUGACUUGGCUUCGCCAUCGGCUACAACCGCGGCUCCAGCGAUUCACUUGCGUCCGCAAGCGCCGGUUCCAGCCCUUGGAACCGUGAAGGCUCUGAAGGUUUAUCCCGUAAAGGGCUGCGGGCCGCUUCGGGUCGAGCGCUGGCCUUUGGAUGGUGGGGCCCUCUUUUUGGACCGGCGUUGGUGCCUGAAGCUUGAGGGCCGUGGAUUUCGGGCCGUCAGUGCCAAGCAAGCACCCCGGCUAACGACCGUGAGGAUGUCUUUGAGGAAGGCUGGGCAGAAUGCCUUCGUGCUGGUCCUGUCCACCAAGUACCAUGCCAGCGCUCUGGAGCUACCUCUGAGUAAGCGCGACUGCGACUUCUUGCGCUCUGCAGGUGUCGAGCCGCAACUCGAGCCGUGGGAGAAUGGACCGUCCGACUUCCACCAGACGCAUGUCGAGUCGCCUGAGGCCUGGUUCGAGCAGCUGCUUGGCAUCCAGAACCUGCGACUUACUGAGGCCUCCGUGGCCGAUACUUCUGCAGGGGGCACGGGGGAGGCACCAGCAACAGCCGACAAGACAGACUUUGCAAAUGCACCGAAGACGCUGUUGCUAGUGUCCACGGCCUCGCUGAGAGAGUUCGGGCGGCUUUGUGGGCUGCCAGUGCCUGCAGAUCGCUUCCGAGCGAACCUGGAAGUCGACUUCGCUGAGCCCUACGAGGAGGCUUCCUGGCCUGCGGGUUUGCCACUGCAAUUGGCAAACACGAUCUUUGAGGCGGCAGGGCGCUGUGUGCGGUGCCAGGCCGUGGACAUCGACCCCGCGGAUGCCAGCUCCCAAGGACCUUCCCUCUUGGCGGCCUUGGCCACAGCGCAACCAGGAUCUGCGGCCAAAGGCCCUACCUUCGGCGUGCUCCUGCGGACUUCCGAAACCGGACUUCCCACACCCAUUCCGCCUCUGUUGGAGGAACAACUUCAGUUUGCACAGAAACUUGUGCAGAUCCAGUUUUCGCAAGAGCAGAUGGAGGAGCAGCAGGAGGAGGAGCAGGAGGAGCAGGAGGAGCAGGAGGAGCAGGAGGAGCAGGAGGAGGAGCAGGAGCAGGAAGCUGGCCAUCCUUGUAAAAUCGAGCUCCGAGGCCGGAUGGCAAAGCUGCCUCCGGAGCUGGAAGCCGUGCAGGAGGAGUUGGCAUCUUGGGUGGUUUACGGGCCACGGGCACUAACCCUCCUUGCGCAGCUGCGCGGCCUGGAGGUCUCGGUGGACCUGCUCCGAAAGACUCAACUCGGCCGCCUUGUGCGGAGAUAUCUUCACCAUGAUGAGGUCCAAGUCGUCACCAAGGCCAAAGGCCUGAUCGAGGACUGGAAACUCGUCCUCCGGGAGCAUCUGACUCGGGCCAAGGAAGCGCCAGCAGCCCAAAAGAAGGUGGCGGCGCUAAAGGAGUCAGACAGUGAAGAUGCCGGUGAGUCAGGACCAAUUAGCAAGGAGGACCAAGCGCAUGGCUGGGUGCAGAAGGAGGCCUUUCACCAGUACCGUGGCAAGCGCGAGAAGUUCUGGGCCUUUACACUCCGCAGGCCCUUUGGCAACGACACCUGGGUGCUCCAGGUUCGGGUGGCACAGCCCAAAAAUGUCACACAGGAGGUGCGGGACAAAAAGCUGGAAGAGAUCUCCGAGCUCUUGUUCCGCAUGGCCGCGGACACAGGUGCCAUUCGUCCAGACAGUUGUGAGGCCGGGGAAGAGAACCUGAAGACAUUGGGACGACUGCAGCGCCUGGAGAAACGCUUCAUCGGCAAGGGAGUUACCGAGAGCGAGGCCCGCAAUGCCCUCCGCCUCUUCGAGCGGGAGUUGUCCAAGGCGAACUGGACGGCAGACAAGUUCGAGAAACUGAAGAAGCAGCUGGCAGGAACGGAAGAGUGGUCUGCCGCUGAUGUGGUCGCCGAGAGCUCCAUCCGGUGGGAGCAGAACAAGCGUCGCCAGGCCUAG